AUGCAACAGAUGCAACAGCAGAAUCAGAUGAUGAUGCAGAUGAUGCAGGGUAUGCAAGGACAACAACCUCCUGCUCCAGUUCCUGUUCCACAAGUUCCAAUAGGGCCAGAUUUUCGUGCUUUCUUCAGAAUGGAUCCUCCAGAGUUUGCAGGUGGCUUAGACCCAGUAGUAGCCCAUGAUUGGUUGGCUAGUAUGGAGAGGAUAUUUCAGGAAAUUCAGUGUAAUGAAGAAGAGAAGGAGAUCCCUAAAGACUGGCAUCAUUUCAAGGCGGCAUUUCUGGAGAAGUAUUUCCCUAACAGUGUUCGAACCCAAAGAGAAAGAGAAUUCCAGAAUUUCAAGCAAGGCAACUUGUCUGUUUCCGAGUAUGCUGAAAAGUUCGAAGACAUGGCUGAUUACUCACGACAGGCUGUUUAUGCUCCUGAUGAGUUAUGGAAGAUUGAUCAAUUCUUGAUGGGUUUGAGGGCCGACAUUGCUCAUAGUGUGUCUCAGAGGGAGUUUACUACUUAUGCUGAAUGUUUGAGGCAAUGUUAUGUUGCGGAGAACAGCCUAAAGAGGGUUCAAGAAGAGAGGAACCAGAACAGGACUAACUACAGGGAACAAGGGAAAUCUGCUCAACACCUGAAGCCCCGUGGUUUUCCACCAAAGAAGAAGCAAGGAUAUGGCGACCAAUCGGCUCAACCUCCUUAUUGUCAUAAGUGCAAGAAGAAACAUACUGGGGAGUGCGAACCUACUCCAAUUACUUGUUUCAGAUGCGGCGAGUCGGGUCACAAAUCCCCGUUUUGUCCAAAGAAGAAAGAUCAGGAGAAGACUACAGGUCGUGUUUAUACCUUAGAUGCAAGAAAGGCCAAAGGAAACAACAAUCUCAUCGCAGUUACUCCAUUACCCGAUCCUAUGAUCAUUUCUUCGGCAACAGAUGAUACCGUGGAGGCUCGACUGAUUUGUAAAGAUUGUUCAGUAUCUUUUAAUGGCUGUGACUUUCCGAUCGAUCUAAUUUGUUCACCUCUUAAGAGACUUGAUGUCAUUCUUGGAAUGGAUUGGUUGUCUCUUAAUUCGGUAUAUAUUGGUUGCAAGGAAAAAGCCAUAUUCAUUCCUGCUAAAGAAACAUCCUCCGAUGAUGCAAUUACCAAGUUGAUUGAAGGUACGAUCAGCGCGGUCAAUUAUCUCUUUUCACAAGAAAGAUCUUUUCUUUUGGUUCUUUCCGAGGAACCCUCCGUGAGAGUGGUAUUGUCGGAAAUACCUGUAGUGUGCGAAUAUCCUGAUGUCUUUCCUGAGGAUAUCACUUCUCUUCCUCCGGAAAGGGAAGCGGAAUUCUCAAUUGAUCUUAUUCCUGGUACUGCCCCAGUUUCUAUCACUCCAUAUAGGAUGUCUCCUAUUGAACUCAGAGAACUGAAGAGCCAACUAGAAGAGCUUCUAGCUAAGCAUUUUAUUCGGCCCAGUGUUUCUCCAUGGGGAGCUCCUGUUCUAUUGGUGAAAAAGAAGGAUGGGAGUUAUUACCGGAGAUUUAUCAUGGGAUUCGCUAAAUUAGCAUUACCAUUGACAAGACUUACUCGGAAGGAGGUUGCAUUUGAGUGGGACUCCGAAUGUGAGGAGAGUUUUCAGAAACUUAAGAAGAAGUUGACUACUGCACCUGUACUAGUGAUUCCAGACCCAGACCGAUCUUACGAAGUGUUCUGUGAUGCUUCUAAGAGAGGUUUAGGCGGAGUAUUGAUGCAAGACGGUAAAGUCGUGGCUUAUGCGUCUCGACAAUUGAAAUCUCAUGAAGAGAAUUACCCUACUCAUGAUCUUGAGCUUGCGGCAAUAGUCUUUACACUCAAGAAAGAGUUGAACAUGCGACAAAGAAGAUGGAUGGAGUAUCUUAAAGAUUUCGGCUUUGAACUGAAAUACCAUCCAGGGAAGGCUAAUAAAGUGGCGGAUGCCUUAAGCAGGAAGGAAUUUCGGGUUGCAGAGUUGAUGAUGUUAGAACAUGGAUUAUUAGAGAAGUUUCGGAACCUCAACCUCCAGUUCGAUUGGACACCCAAUGGUGUACUAAUUAGUAACUUGAGUAUUCAGAACGAACUGCGGGAGAGAGUUCGAGUGACUCAAGGAUAUGACGAACAAUUGCAAGCAAGAAUGAAGAAGGAGAUUGCAGAAUAUGUGGCACGGUGUCCUAUCUGCCAGCAAGUUAAGAUUGAACAUCAGCGACCAGGCGGAAUGUUACAACCAUUAGAGAUACCGGUGUGGAAGUGGGAUUCCAUCUCUAUGGACUUCAUUGUGGGAUUGCCUCGUGCUCAAGGCGGAUACGAUUCUAUAUGGGUAAUAGUGGACAGGUUGACUAAGUCUGCUCACUUCUUACCUGUAAAGACGACCCACAAGGUAAUGCAUCUCGCGAGACUUUUCAUAGCGGAGAUUGUGCGGUUGCAUGGUGUGCCAUCCAGUAUAGUGUCUGAUCGAGAUCCAAAGUUCACUUCGAGAUUCUGGAAGGCGUUCCAUAAGGAAAUGGGGACUAGACUGGAUAUGAGUACUUCCAACCAUCCUCAAACUGACGGACAAACAGAAAGAACCAUUCAGACGAUCGAAGAUAUGUUAAGAGCUUGUAUUCUGGAAGUAGGUGGGAGUUGGAAGGAUCAUUUACCCUUGGUAGAGUUCGCAUAUAAUAACAGUUACCAUGCCAGCUUGGGUAUGGCUCCCUAUGAGGCUCUAUAUGGGAGAAAGUGUCGAUCUCCGGUGUGUUGGGCUGAAGUGGGAGAAAAGAGUAUCCUUGGACCGGAAAUUAUACGAGAGACCACUGAGAAGGUCAAAGUGAUUCAAGAUAACCUUAAGAAGGCCCAAGACCGACAGAAGAAUUAUGCGGACAAACGAAGAAGACCUUUGGAAUUUGAAGUUGGAGACCACGUGUAUUUGAAGGUCACCCCGAGAUUGAGAUUGGGAGGGCCGUUCAGAACGCGUAAGCUUAGUCCGAGAUAUGUGGGACCCUACCAGAUUUUGAGUCGGGUAGGCGAAGUGGCGUAUCAAUUAGCAUUGCCACCUUCGCUAUCCGGUCUGCAUGAUGUGUUCCAUGUGUCUCAACUCCGAAGGUUCGUGCCUGACACUUUUCACCCCAUCCUCCCGGAUUCCGUUGAGGUAGAACCAGAUCUCUCCUAUAAUCCACAGCCCUGCGGUAUUUUGGAGCAUGCUAGCAAGUCCCUAAGGAACAAAGUGAUACCUCUCGUGAAAGUGUUGUGGGACGAAGCGCGUCCGGAGGAAGCUACGUGGGAGCUUGAGUCGGAGAUGCGUGAAUCCUACCCUCAUUUGUUCUGGUGA